AAACUGGACCAGGAUCUUAACGAAGUGAAGGCUCGUGUUGAAGAACUGGACAGAAAAUACUAUGAAGUGAAAAAUAAAAAGGAUGAGCUACAGAGCGAAAGAAAUUAUCUAUGGAGAGAAGAGAAUGCAGAGCAACAAGCUCUUGCUGCAAAGCGAGAGGAUUUAGAGAAGAAACAGCAGCUUCUCAGAGCAGCAACAGGAAAGGCCAUUCUGAAUGGUAUAGACAGCAUAAACAAAGUUUUGGAGCACUUCCGUCGAAAAGGCAUAAACCAGCAUGUUCUAAAUGGCUAUCAUGGCAUUGUGAUGAAUAACUUCGAAUGUGAACCAGCUUUCUACACCUGUGUUGAAGUUACUGCAGGGAACAGGUUGUUUUAUCACAUUGUGGAUUCUGAUGAGGUCAGUACAAAGAUCCUAAUGGAAUUUAACAAAAUGAACCUUCCUGGAGAAGUUACUUUCCUCCCUCUGAACAAGCUAGAUGUGAGAGAUACUGCUUAUCCUGAGACUAAUGAUGCCAUUCCUAUGAUCAGUAAACUGAGAUACAAUCCAAGAUUUGACAAAGCUUUCAAGCAUGUUUUUGGAAAGACUCUAAUUUGUCGUAGCAUGGAAGUGUCUACCCAGCUGGCCAGAGCUUUCACUAUGGAUUGUAUUACUCUGGAAGGUGACCAGGUCAGCCAUCGCGGUGCUUUGACUGGAGGUUACUACGACACCAGGAAGUCUCGGCUUGAGUUGCAAAAAGAUGUUAGAAAGGCAGAAGAAGAACUUGGUGAACUCGAAGCAAAACUCAAUGAAAACUUACGCAGAAACAUUGAAAAUAUUAACAAUGAGAUUGACCAGCUAAUGAACCAAAUGCAGCAAAUUGAGACACAGCAAAGAAAGUUCAAAGCCUCUCGAGAUAGUAUCUUGUCAGAGAUGAAAAUGCUGAAGGAGAAAAGGCAACAGUCUGAAAAGACCUUUAUGCCUAAGCAACGCAGUUUGCAGAGCUUGGAGGCAAGUUUACAUGCUAUGGAGUCAACUAGAGAAUCAUUAAAAGCAGAACUGGGGACUGAUUUGUUGUCUCAGCUCAGUCUUGAAGACCAGAAACGUGUGGAUGCUCUUAAUGAUGAAAUUCGCCAACUACAGCAAGAAAACAGACAGCUUUUGAAUGAGAGGAUUAAACUAGAGGGCAUUAUCACAAGAGUUGAAACAUAUCUCAAUGAGAACCUGAGAAAACGCUUAGACCAAGUGGAACAAGAACUGAAUGAGCUUCGAGAAACAGAAGGUGGCACAGUUCUUACUGCCACGACAUCGGAACUUGAGGCUAUUAACAAGCGAGUGAAAGAUACACUAGCACGGUCAGAUGAUCUGGAUAAUUCCAUUGACAAAACAGAAGCAGGAAUUAAAGAGCUCCAAAAGAGCAUGGAACGCUGGAAGAACAUGGAAAAGGAGCAUAUGGAUGCCAUUAACCAUGAUACAAAAGAACUUGAAAAAAUGACUAACAGGCAGGGCAUGCUCCUCAAGAAGAAAGAGGAAUGCAUGAAGAAAAUCCGAGAGUUGGGUUCCCUUCCACAGGAGGCUUUUGAAAAGUAUCAGACUUUAAGUUUAAAACAGUUAUUCCGCAAACUGGAGCAGUGCAAUACAGAACUGAAGAAAUACAGUCACGUGAAUAAAAAAGCUUUAGAUCAGUUUGUGAAUUUCUCAGAGCAGAAGGAAAAAUUGAUAAAGAGACAAGAGGAACUAGACAGGGGCUACAAAUCCAUCAUGGAACUGAUGAAUGUCCUUGAGCUCAGAAAAUACGAGGCUAUUCAGCUGACUUUCAAACAGGUGUCAAAAAAUUUCAGUGAAGUAUUCCAGAAGUUAGUCCCUGGUGGCAAGGCCACGUUAGUGAUGAAGAAAGGAGAUGUGGAGGGCAGUCAGUCCCAGGAUGAAGGUGAAGGCAGCACUGAGAGUGAAAGGGGAUCUGGAUCUCAGAGCAGUGUUCCAUCUGUAGACCAGUUCACUGGAGUUGGCAUAAGGGUAUCAUUCACAGGAAAGCAGGGCGAAAUGAGAGAAAUGCAGCAACUUUCAGGUGGACAGAAAUCCUUGGUGGCCCUGGCCCUGAUAUUUGCUAUCCAGAAAUGUGAUCCAGCUCCAUUUUACUUGUUUGAUGAAAUCGACCAAGCCUUGGAUGCUCAGCACAGAAAAGCUGUUUCAGAUAUGAUUAUGGAACUAGCUGAACAUGCUCAGUUUAUUACAACAACUUUCAGGCCUGAACUGCUUGAGUCAGCUGACAAGUUCUAUGGUGUAAAAUUCAGAAACAAGGUUAGUCAUAUUGACGUGAUCACAGCAGAAAUGGCCAAAGACUUUGUAGAAGAUGACACCACGCAUGGUUAAACGAAACUGUACUUACUGCUUGUUGGAAGAUGUGUAUAGUGCUAUGUUUAUGCCAAGGACCUGUAAAUUUGAAAUAAGAAGUAUUUAGUCCUUGUUUAAAAUAGCUUUUGAACAUACCUUUUAACCAAGACCCCAGAAGGCUUAGUUUCAAAGGAGCUUGAGUAUCCGUUUUGUCUCUGUUGCUGUAUUUUAUAAGAUAACUGUUAAUGUUACCUUUUUACAGUACCUGUAGUUUGGAAAUUUUAUUCUCUUCCCUCAAACCUUUUGUAAAGUGUCUGUUGCUGUUUUAAAGCUCUUCAGAAAGUGCUAGCUCUUCUGUCUUAAGUAUAAUUUUAUCAUUUCUAUUGCCUCACAUGAUUUUUUUUUAAUGGCUUCAAUUAAAAUGAUUGGUUUUAUUGCUGUAA